GGACGCGGGCCCGAGCGGUAUGUGUGGCCGGGGCGCGCGCUGCUGCAGCUGGUAGCAUGAGUGCUGGCCCCCCGCGGCAGCUGGCUCUCCUCUGGCCUUGGCUGCUCAUGGCUACGCUGCAGGUCGGACUCGGCCACACACGGCUGGUGCUGGCGGCCGCCAUGGAAUCGGAGCGAGCAGCAGCGCAGAAAGCCAUCAUCCGGGUGACCCCCUUGCAAGUGGAGCCCAUCACCCUGGAGGGAGAGUUUGCAAACGUUGCUGAGGUUACUCCAGCGGAAGGCAAACUGCUGCAGUCCCACCCACUGUCCCUGUGCAACACGAGUGAGGAUGAACACACUGAAACAGGAUUCAUCACCAUUGUCAAGCUGGAACAGCCGGACCGGGAUCCCAACCCCUGCCUGUCGUUGGCUAACAAGGCAAAGCUGGCAGGAGAGCGUGGAGCCCGAGCAAUCCUUUUUGACAUUACUGAUGAUGAAAGUGCUGCUGAUCAGCUGAGAAAGCCCAGGGGUCUGAGUCAGCCUGUGGUUCUGAUCAGAGGCCAUGAUGCUGAGCUUCUCAUGGGUGUCGUGAACAAGAACAGAGAGGCCCACGUGAAGAUAGAGGUCAAGGAGCCACCAGCUUGGCCAGAUUAUGACGUGUGGAUUCUUCUCACAGUGGUCAGCACUGUCGUCAUGAUCAUUUUGAUUUUUGUUGUCCGCACAAAGUGCCAGCUGAACAGGACUCAGGACUCCCUGCAGCAGCAGACCAUGCAGGCCAUCGGGCAGCUCGCUACGCGCACGUACCAGGCUAGGUGCCGCCAGGCGUCGCGCUGGGACUCGGCAAGCAGCUGCAGCUCGGCCCCAGUCUGUGCUAUUUGCCUGGAGGAGUUCAGCGAGGGCCAGGAACUACGGAUCAUUUCGUGCUCGCAUGAGUUUCACCGGGAGUGUGUUGACCCCUGGCUGCAGCAACAUCACACUUGUCCCCUUUGCAUGUUCAACAUCCUCGCCCGAGACUCUGUGGAGCAGGCCGCAGCCCCUGGCUCCAGGCUGACCCCUCGGGACAUGGAGCCUGGGCGACGGCUCCAUCUCUUCCGGCAGCACCCAGGACAUGCCCUUUACCACCUCCCCCAUGCCUAUCCCCAGAGGAACCUGAGGAGCUUCCCGCCGGAGCCUGCCCGCAGCCACCCCUUCUUCCGCUCACCGGAGCUCUCCCAGCUGGAUUUCAGCACCAUUCACUACGUGCCUUACAGGCCGGCGAGCUCCCUGCCCGCCUGCAGCCACCCGUCCCCGCUGGCCGGCUACCUGGCCGACGGGCCGGGCAGCGACUCCAGCUCCGGGCCCUUUCACGGCUCCUCCAGUGACUCCGUGCUGAACUGCACGGACGUCAGUCUCCAGGGCAUCCACGGAAGCUGCUCCACUUUCCGCAGCUCCCUGAGCAGCGACUACGACCCCUUUGUGUACUGCAGCUCGGAGGGAGCUGCUGUGGAGCACGGCCAGGAGCAGCAGCUGGCGAGGGAGAUGCGGCCCAGGUCCUUGGACCUGCUGGUGCCUGGGGGUGCUGCUCCAGCCAAGUCCCAGGUGCUUGGCCACGUCCACUACCACCACCACCAGCACCAUCACUACAGGAGAGAAGCCGAGUGCCCGUCCGGGCGUGCUGGGCCGGGGCCGAGUCUGCGCAAGUCCCGGUACUCUGGGACCAAAGUUGGCUUCCACGGUGCUCGGACGCAAAAGAGGACUGAGAAAAUGCACCGCUGUGAGCAGCCUUUUGAAAGUAGCACUGUGUCCCCAGAGGCCCCCCCGGCAGGACAGCCCGCCUGCCCCCAGCAGGGCCGUGAGCUUUCUGGUGCCCCUUCUGCUUCCCUAAACAGGUUGGACUUGGGCACAGAUGCUAGCAGACUGUUGGGAGCAGCUGGCACGUCCCACGUCCCGCCGCCCCAAAGACACAGCUUACACGGCCGUCAUCACAGAAGGAAAAGAAAGUGUCCCCUGGAGCCCGACCCUCCCCACCUUCCCGAGGACUCCGUCUUGCACAAAGCUUCUGACGCUCGCGUUCCUCGUGGCCAUCCCGCCCGUGACAGCUGCUCGCCCGAAGCUCAGCCCCUGAUCCCAAGUGCUCCCCUGCCCUGCUCAGGCUCUCGGCCGCUUUGGAAGUGUUUAGUCCCCCAGUCCAGCUCGGAACUGAAAAAGCAGGAGGACGGGUUGUCAGGGCAGGAGGGCAACCUCCUGGUUCCUGCUUAUUUCUCAGGGACAGGCACCCCUGGUCACAGCCUGAGCGUUCCCCUUCACUGCCAAUCUCAGCGACGCAGUCAGGGAUCUGAAGAGGAGGUCCAGGAUGUCCAUGAACACUCAGUUUAAUAAAAGACUGGCUCAUUUGCUCACUACAGAGACCUGGAGUGGAUAAAGAAGUUUGGAAUACCAGCAGUAGUGGAGCUCACACCUUGCUCUCUGCACAGGCAAUGUAAUAAAUACAUGGCCCACACCAAGAUACAAACUGCAAAUAAGUAACAUGAUACUCCCUUGUGGCCUGCACACAUGUUCCCACAUUGCUGUG